GGCAUUUGAACGCAAUGACAGACCCAGCUGCCCAUUUCACCACCAUUCCCAUAGCUGUGGUGGGAAUGGGCUGUAGGUUUGCCGGAGGCGCCACAGAUCCAGAAGCCCUAUGGCGAGUACUGGAGGAGAGAAGGAGUACCUGGUCCCCGAUUCCCUCCUCGCGAUUCGAACUUGAUGGAGUCUACCACCCAAAUGGCGAAAGAUUAGGAACGACGCACGUCCGCGGUGGCCAUUUUCUAGACGAAGAUCCGGCUUUCUUCGACGCGGCAUUUUUUAAUGUGUCAGGUGAAGUUGCCAGUUGCACUGACCCGCAGCAUCGGCUCAUACUUGAAGUCGUUUACGAAGCGCUAGAAGCCGCCGGAAUCCCCAUCGAAAGUGUGGCCGGUUCAAACGUCGCAGUCUUUGCGGGCACAAUGUCUCACGACUAUCAGGAUUCAUUUUAUCGCAGCCCGGAAGCUCUUCCUAGAUACCUCGUCACGGGCAAUGCGGGUACAAUGGUGGCGAACCGCGUCUCCCACUUCUAUGACCUUCGCGGCCCCAGUGUCACGAUUGAUACCGCAUGUUCGACAACGCUGACUGCCCUUCACAUUGCAGUACAAAGCUUACGAGCCGGGGAGGCAAAGAUGGCCAUUGUGACGGGGGCAAAUUUGAUGUUGAACUCCAACAUUUUCACAACCAUGUCCACUUUAGGUUUCCUGUCGCCCGAUGGGGUAUCAUACUCGCUCGAUUCGAGGGCAAAUGGAUAUGGGCGUGGCGAGGGGGUGGCUGCCGUCGUUCUGAAGCCCCUGUUUCGUGCGCUGCAAGAUAAUGACCCGAUACGGCUCGUCAUCCGCGAGACAGCGCUCAAUCAAGAUGGCCGGACACCCGCGAUCAGUGCUCCGAGCGCCAAGGCACAGGAGCAGCUGAUCCGGGAAUGCUAUCGGCAAACAUCGUACAUCGAGGCGCACGGUACAGGGACCCCAGCCGGCGAUCCACUCGAGCUGCAAGCCAUUUUGGCGGCGUUUGACGGUCAGCCCAUGUACAUCGGCUCUGUUAAAGCCAGCUUUGGACAUACUGAAGCUACCAGUGGCUUGGCAAGUCUCAUCAAGAUGGCUAUGGCAUUAGAAAGAACCACGAUACCACCGAACGCAAGCUUUCUGCAACCCGACGAGGCAUCAAUUGGGAGCACAAAUCUUCAGAUUCCUUUCUUUCGUCAACCUUGGACCCUGGUGGACGGAUCUCGUCGUGCAUCAAUCAAUAAUUUCGGGUUUGGUGGCGCAAAUGCUCAUCUGAUCGUCGAACGCUAUGAGCCUUCGGAGGAGAUGUCACCGACUCCAGCCAACGGCUUUUCCCAACUAUGCGAACUAUGCGACAGUCACGUGGAAGGGGAUCAUCCAGGGCGGAUCUAUGUCUUAAGUGCUAAGGAUGAGCGCAGUUGCCAACGAAUGAUGUCGAGGUUAAGUGACUACCUCACCAAUAGCAAGCCGACUGAUGAAAGGCAAUUUCUUGCAAACCUAGCGCACACGUUGGCCUCACAUCGCUCGAGCUUCCGGUGGAAAGCCGCCUGUGUGGCACGGAAUCUGGCGAGCCUGGCCUCAAAACUAAGCAACGAGGGGACCAGGCCUCGGAAAUCAGCUGAAAAAGUAAGGCUGGGGUGGGUUUUCACCGGUCAGGGAGCACAGUGGUUUGCAAUGGGUCGCGAGUUGAUUAACUCUUACCCUGUCUUCAGGCAGACACUGCUUGAGUGUGACGAGUACAUUAAGGAGAUAGGCGCGAAUUGGUCCAUAUUAGAUGAACUUAAUCGCGCUGAAGCGGAGAGCCGUGUCAAUGAGGCCAGAAUCAGCCUGCCAUUGUCCACAUCGAUUCAGAUCGCUCUUGUCCGCCUGCUCUGGUCAUGGAAUAUCUGUCCAGUAGCCAUUACCAGCCACUCCAGCGGAGAGGCUGCAGCAGCUUACGCUGCCGGGGCCAUAUCAGCACGGUCGGCCAUUGGGAUCAAUUAUACACGCGGUAUCCGCUUAGCAGAGAGUCAGGCGGUAUCGUCUUCUCAGGGAGGCAUGCUGGCUGCGGCAUUGAGUCGCAAGGAGAUUGGCGACUACAUCGACCGGGUUCGACAGGAGGAAGAGUGCUUAGUGGUGGCAUGUGUCAACAGUCCGUGCAGUGUGACAAUCUCGGGUGAUCUUGCUGCGAUUUCAAGGUUGGAGGAGUCAUUGAAUGCUGAUGAUAUAUUUACCAGACGCGUCAAGGUCACCCAUGCAUUCCACUCUUGUCACAUCCAUGCGAUGGCGGAUGCUCUCCCGGACUCCCUGGCGGCUAUCAUUGAAGCAGACGUCAGGAACACCAUAAAGCCUUGUCACGGUGUGAUCUACACGUCUCCAAGAACCGGGACGCGCUUUGCCGACAUAAGUCAUCUCCGGGAUCCCACGCACUGGGUGUUGGGCAUGAAAUAUUGUGUGGAGUUCGAAUCUGCAUUCCGUGCGAUGUGUAUAGAUGAAGAGCUUCAAAGACAAGAGAUCGAUAAGAUCAUCGAGGUCGGCCCCCACGGGGCCCUCGGCGGUCCCAUUCAGCAGAACUUGCAGCAAAUCCCGGAGCUUGCCGCGCUGGAUAUUUCUUACGUCUCCUGCCUGGCAAGGGGAAAGAGCGCCGUGAACACCAUGCAACUUCUCGCUGUGGAUCUUUUCCAAGCCGACUAUAACGUCGAUCUGAAAGAGGUCAACUUUCCACGUGGGAGUGAAGCCGCAACACUUCAGGUCCUGGUCGAGCUGCCUACCUAUCCCUGGAAUCACCAGACGAGGUACUGGAAAGAACCGCGCAAUAGUAGAGCUGCCCGGCGGCGCACAUCUCCUGUAAGUGAUCUGAUCGGAUUCCAGGAGCCCUUGUCUCCCCCUUUUGCGCGGUCAUGGCAACAUAUCCUCCGGGUCUCCGAAGUGCCCUGGCUGCGUGACCACGUCAUAGGCUCGCACAUCGUGUUUCCCGGCGCCGGAUUCAUUACUAUGGCUAUUGAUGGGCUGUCUCAGCUCUGUCAACCCGAUACCAAUUCAGACGUGAGCUUCGUCCUCCACAACGUCGACCUGGCCCAGACGCUGAUUUUACCCGCGGACGGAGACGAAGGGGUGGAUUUGCGUCUAACUCUCCGUGCCACGGAUCAGAAGAGUCUCGGAAACCGGGACUGGCAGGAGUUUUCGAUCCAUUCGAUCGUCGGGGCAAAGGACGAAUGGGUGGAGCACUGCACAGGGCUGAUUCGCAUCGAGGCCAAUGAUACUUCUAGAGAUCUUUCUAGUAGACAAAGCACGAAACUUCCGCCAUGGAGCCGGAGGACGGCGCCGCGGGACUUGUGGUCCUCGCUACAUGCUACUGGGAUUUGCCACGGACCUUUGUUCCGGAACAUCGCGCGUAUUGAGAGCGAUGGGCAGGGAGAGUCGUGGUCCACUGUGACCGUCGCUGAUACAGCGAGCGCAAUGCCGCACGCCUACGAGAGCCAGCAUGUUGUACAUCCCACGACGCUAGACUCAGCAAUUCAGGCGGCCUACACUGUGCUCCCCUUUGCUGGAACACGAAUGGAAACCGCCAUGUUACCCCGACGCGUUGGCCGCGUGAAGAUCCCGGGCAGGCUCGCCGGACUGAAAGCGGGCGAUCAGCUGUGCGUACAGGCAAUGAUGCUGGACCAAAGUCCUUGUGCGUUUGAAGCUGAUGUAGCGGUAUUCACUGAGUCGAAUUCGCCGCUCGAUGCCGUCAUCGAGUUGAAAGGGCUCACGUUUCAGGCUGGAAUCUGCGAUCGCAAGCGGAAUUUGGCUCAACAGGAUAGUAUCCGUAGCUCCUGGCAUUGGGCCCCGGACAUUACGCUCAUCAGCCCCGCGUGGCUUGAGAAGGCUUUGAAUGUCGAGACUCGGCCUGAGGAAGUGGAGAUCAUGUUGGAGCUUCGACGGUGCACGGUACACUUUAUCCAAGAAGCCAUAUGCGAUCUGCUCAUGGAGGAUGCUGCACUGUUGAGCGGCAACCUCUCCAGGUUUUAUGCCUGGAUGCAGGCCCAGUUAGUAUGCGCCACGAAUGGGGAGUUAGGGCAAGACAGCACUGAAUGGCUGAGAGACAAUAAAGCGGCGAGACUAAGCCUGCGCUCCCGGGUGGCUGCCAACAGUACCAACGGCGAGAUGGUCUGUCACCUGGGGCCCAAGCUUCCAAAGAUCCUUCGUGGCGAGGCUGACUCUCUCGAGUUGAUGAUGGAAGGUCACCUGCUAUCUCGAUACUACGGCGAGUCAAUCAAAUGGAGUCGGUCUAACGCACAUGCCAGCGAGCUCGUGCGCCUCUGCUGCCACAAGAACCCGCGCGCUCGCAUUUUAGAACUUGGCGGUGGAACUGGAGCUUGCACAGGGCAUGUUGUAGACGCCUUAGGGCCCACGAAGCCGGUCGGCCGCUACGACUUCACGGAUGCCUCCGCCGCGUUCUUUGAAGCGGCGCGCAUGCGAUUCUCAGGAUGGGAGGACGUUAUGGACUUCCGCCGGCUGGACAUCGAGACCAAUCCCGCCGCGCAGGGCUUCGAUUGCGGAUCUUACGACGUGGUGUUGGCGUGUCAGGUUCUUCAUGCCACGAGCAACAUGCGGCGAACAUUGGAUCAUGUGCGCCAGUUGAUCAAGCCCGGCGGCAAGCUCGUUCUCGUUGAAACUACCCGAGAUCAGCUUGAUGAGUUUUUCACUUUUGGCCUCCUGCCCGGUUGGUGGCUCGGGGAGGAGCCAGAACGCCAGUCUGGCCCUUCACUCACUCCUGAGAUGUGGCGCAGUGUGCUUGAUGCUACUGGAUUCAAUGGCGUGGAGUUUGAGGCGCGUGACUGCGAUAGCGAGGAGUUCUACAUGAUUAGCACCAUGAUGUCCACGGCAGUUCCGGUGUCUUGCUCGGAUAAACAGACUGAGAUCCUUGUGGUUCAUCUGGAUCCGCCUCCGUCAAUGGAUUGGGCUCAUGAACUCCAGGUUGCCCUUGGGGAGAGGAACACUUCCCUAUCCUCACUAAAGGAGCUGGAUGGUGGCUCUGAGGUUGACGGGAAGAUGUGCGUGUUCAUAGGGGAGGUUGAACAUUCAAUGCUUGAAUGCGUGACAGAGGAUGGAUUCAAACUCCUGACUUCAAUGCUACAGAUGAGCAGGGGAACGCUAUGGGUCACUCGUGGAGCAGCCAUGGACUCAGAGAACCCAUGGAAGGCCUUGCACCUGGGGCUGCUACGCACCCUCCGCAACGAGAAUCCAGGCAGCAGACUUGUUUCCUUGGACCUUGACCCCCGAAGCGAGCCUUGGACGGCUGAAUCUUGUAAUGCCAUUGCAAAUGUCUUGAGUGCCUCUUUACUUGGUUCGUCGCAGGAGAAGGAGUUUGAUUACGCGGAGCGAGACGGAGUCGUGUUUGUGCCUCGCAUGUUCAGCGAUCCAACCCCAACCGACAAGAAAGAUUCCGUUGUCAUGGAGCGAUUUCAAGAUGAGAAACAGCUGUUCCGAUUAGACGUGCAGACUCCAGGACUGCUGGAUUCUCUCCACUUCCGCAUGGAUCUUGCAGACGCAGUUGGGACCAAUGAACCGUCAAAUGACUGGGUGGAGAUUCAGCCGAAAGCGUUCGGUCUUAACUUUCGUGAUAUUCUCGUGGCCAUGGGCCAGCUGGAAAGCGAUCGCGUUAUGGGCUUUGAAUGCGCUGGUAUAGUUACGAAGUUGAGCAAGGAAACGCCGAUAACAGCCCAACGAUGUCUCGCAGUCGGAGACCGGGUAUGCGCCUUGAUGAAAGGGCAGUGGACGUCCAAGGUGCGAACAGCCCGCACCAACGUUGUUCGUAUCCCAGAAACCUUGAGCUUUGGUCAAGCGGCUUCCAUCCCACUAGCGUUUACCACAGCCUACAUAUCUCUCUACACUGUUGCUCGGCUUCGACGCGGUGAAAGAGUGCUUAUACACAGUGGGGCGGGGGGAGUCGGCCAAGCGGCCAUCAUUCUCGCUCGGUUAGUCGGAGCUGAGGUUUUCGCCACUGCUGGAACGCAAGCAAAGCGCGAUUUUCUCAUCGAUAAAUUCGAGCUAAGCCCCGACCAUGUCUUCUCGAGUCGAGACUCCAGCUUUCUUGCGGGCGUCCAAUCCUGCAGUGGGGGAAAGGGUGUGAAUCUGGUGCUCAAUUCGCUCUCCGGACCUCUCCUGCAAAGCAGCUUCGACUGCCUGGCUGACUUUGGCCGCUUCGUCGAGAUUGGCAAGAAGGACCUCGAGCAGAAUAGCUGGCUUAGCAUGGCGACUUUCGCGCGAAAUGUCUCAUUCUCCUCAAUCGAUAUCCUAUAUUGGCAAGAAUCCAGGUCGGCUGAAGUCUCCAGGGCAUUAACAGAGGUCAUGCGGUUGCUCGAACAAAAGACCAUAGAUCUAGUUGAUCCAAUCUCCGAGUACCCUAUAUCGGCCGUUGAAAAGGCAUUCCGUACUAUGCAGAGCGGGCAGCACGUUGGGAAGAUUGUGGUGACUACAACCGGGGCGGACAUGGUUCCCGUCCACUGGUGUGAUAUGCCCUUCGUGUUGAAGCCUGACGCAUCGUACCUCGUCGCUGGCGGGAUGGGUGGUAUUGGAAGCCGGAUUUGCGAGUGGAUGGUGGAGCGGGGAGCACGGCAUUUACUGAUUCUAUCCCGGAAUGCGCGUACGCAACCAUUUGUGACUGGCCUCCAGCAGCGGGGCUGUACCGUACGCGUAGAUGUCUGUGACAUAGCCGAUGAGGGCCGACUUCAGGCAGUCCUUCGACAUUUUCAGGAGGAUGGCAUGCCGCCAAUUCGAGGCGUCAUCCAGGCGGCCAUGGUGCUCAAGGACGCCCUUGUCUCGCAGAUGACGGCAGACGACUUUCAUACCGCACUACGCCCGAAGGUUCAGGGCAGCUGGAAUCUCCACAAUAUUGCACCAGACGUGGACUUCUUCGUUAUGCUCUCGUCUCUCGCGGGGGUUAUAGGUGGCGUGGGACUCGCCAACUAUGCGGCCGCCGGGGCGUUCCAGGAUGCGCUUGCGCAGCACCGGACGGCUCACGGAAAGCACGCUGUAACUAUUGACCUCGGGAUGGUCAAGUCGAUUGGCUAUGUGGCGGAGGCUGAUCCAGCUGUGGCAGGACGACUGACCAAGAUGGGCUAUCAGGCCAUGCAUGAGGCAGAGGUCCUGGCCGUGCUCGAGCAAGCCCUGCAAACGUCUUCGAUGUCGCCCGCGUUAUUUUCCCAUGUAUUCACAUCGCCCGCUGUGAUCGUCACUGGCAUCAACACGAGCCCCGGUCCCCACUGGACCGACGCUGACUGGAUGCAAGAGGCGCGCUUUGCAGGCAUCAGGUACCGCGAGCCCGUGCGAGGCCACCAGUAUGGUGCAUCAUCGACCGUCCCGGUGAAUGAAGAUAGCCUUCGCAAUCAGGUGAGCCGUGCAACUACCCAAGAGGAGGCCACUGCGCUGGUGGUGCAGGCGAUCGGGCAAAAGCUUGUGGCCAUGUUUGGUCUUGCUGAAGCUGAGAUGCCUGCCAACCGAACUUUGGCCGGGGUAGGCUUUGAUUCACUCGUGGCAAUUGAGCUGCGCAACUGGAUCACCGCCCAGCUGAACGUGGAUAUCUCUGUAUUUGAUCUGAUGAAGGGAAGGACAAUUGCGGAGGUGGCGGAGGUGGUGAUGAAGCGGUGCAUGGGAGCUCGUCAGCAAUGAGUGAACUGUGUCAGGGUUGUUGGCUGCCGGACGGAAUGAGCGAGCGAGAGAC